CUCAGUCAAAUACUGACGUGCCUAUCCCAACGGUCGUGUGCGCGGAAUCACUUCCCCGAACUCUGCUUCCCGCGUUUUGUCGCUCUGGGAAAGAGUCAAUCUAGCUGGGAUAUACUUCAUUUUGUCCGAAAGAAGCCCACGGAAGCCGAUGGAAUGGCUUGAAUACCGAUAGACUAUAUAGUAUGCCCCGCCCACGUAACAUCUGCAAGCCGAAUGGAGAAACCUGCUCAUCGUAGCAUCGGUCCAGGAUUCUAGUCCCCGAAAAAACGUAAUCCCUCUACAUUUGCGAGUAGGAUUCUGUACCAAAAACAUUUGCGCGUUCCAUGGCAGAACUGGCCAGCUAGGGAACCGGAAACGGAAACGGCCACGCAACCGGAACCGGAACUGGAACAGUAAUUAUAACUUGAAGUGAGCCCGAAACCGUAACCGUUACCGUUACCGCUACCGAUUUCGAAAACGAUCGAAGGUAUUAGCACGGCAUGGACACCGCUGCCGCCGCCGCCGCUGCAGUCGCCGUUGACCUGAAACCCGAUCAACAGCUGCUGGGCAGCUCCACAAAGGCCAGGAUUGGAGGAGGAAAUACUGGAUGCGACUGCCUGGGCAGCACCGUGGAGACCAUGUCGCUGACUCCGCCACCCACGCCGCCUACACGCGCCACUGAUGGCCAAGUGGAAGCGUGUGGAGCUCCAGGCAUCCCAAGUGCUCCCGCUGAGACCCACUCCCUGAACGGAAUGAAAGGCAAGGAGGCGCCGGAAACAGCAACCGCAAUAGCAUCCACUGAACCCACUCAGCCGGAUAUGCCCGCCACAUCAUCAACGUCUUCCGCCAAAGCUUCCACCACGCCAACGUCUGCCUUGCUGGGAUCAGGAUCAGCAACAAGUUCGCUAGUCCCUGCAGCGGAGCAUCCACCAACUGCAGCUUCAUCGGGGCCUAGUAGCAGUGCCAGCAGCUCCAGCAGCAGCAGCAGCAGUUCCGGAUCCGACGAGAAUGUGGUCCAGCUGCUGCCCUGGCAGGACAUGCCCACGUAUCUACAGUUCAAUCCCUACGUACUCCGUGGUUACAGACCACUGCAGACCUUCAAGGGAUGCCUCCUCAGCCUGUUCUACUGGCACAACGAGACCAUCAACAUACUGACACAUGCCAUACCCAUCUUCUACAUCCUGGCCAUCGUGCCCGGACUGAUGCCCUGGGACAGUGGCUACAAGUUCCUGUCCUUCUGCCACGUCUUCGGAUCGGUGGCUCCCUGGUGCGGCAGCUUCGUCUACCACCUGUUCAUGAACAUCGAGAAGGGCGAGAACGUCUACUACACGCUGCUCAAAUUGGACAUGGUCGGGAUCUGGGUGAGCCAAAGCUUUGGUGCCCUGCCCCUGGUCACAGCCACCACUCUGUGCUUCCCCCCCGUGCUCAAGUGGCUCAUCAUUGUUUCCUACUGCGUGCUCUCGCUGUGGGGCCUCUACAAGGCUCUAACUGCCAGCUCACCCUGGCAGCGUCGCUUGUGCUUCGCCCUGCCCUUCGCCAUGCGCUCGAUCCUGACCUUCCUGCGCAUCCGUGGAAUGGUGGGCGGCAGUCACAUGGCCCUUUCCCAUGUCUACCUGCAGGUUAAAGUUGACGGCGUCUCCAUACUGGGCGGUGCAAUUGGAGCGAUGCGAAUCCCGGAGAAGUGGUUCCCCGGAGUGGUGGACUACUAUCUGAACUCCCACAACAUAAUGCACGUGCUGGUCGUCGUGGCCGUUUACUCCAUGCACAAGGCUACCAUCAAGGACUUCGAGUGGAUGUCGACGCAGACUUGCCACACCGCCGCCAACGCCACGGAGCAGGCUCUAGGUCACGUGGAGCUUUGACCCGCUUAUUGGCUGCUGCCGCUGGUGCUGCUGCCCUUGCCGUGGAUAAUCCUGGCCAGGCGGCGGGCCCGGACGCACUUGAUCCGCGCCCUGAUCGCGC